CAAGUAUUGUGGGCGGAAGUGAUAUCGUCCGUGGGUAUUUGGCCAAAGUCUGUCUUUCCUGUCGAACUUGGGGAGAGCGUUACUUGGCUGUUCACGCCUAAAGGGGGAUCGGAAUACGACACUGACUCUAUGAUUAGUUUUGAGAUUGAAGGAGCCGGAGUUUACCGCAUUCAGAAAACGAGAUGCGCCGGUCCAUUUGAAAAGUAUUUCACCUGUACACACAAACCACAGAAUGAGGUAUCCGUAUCAUUUACACCAACUGAGGAGAUGUAUGGGAAAGAGGUCACCAUCACAUACUACAAGGAUACAGAAUCUUUAUGGGCCAGAACAGCGCCCCCUUUGCUGCGUGAAUUGAUUCAGCUUCGUAGUGUCCAGCUUCACCAU